AUAACCGCCGCAUGCAUCUCAACUCUUAAAUUUCAAGCCCAAAACCCGGCGACCCAAGUUGACUUCAGUAAUCAUUUAUCUUUCCGACAAGAGUAUCAUCAGUUCUGUUUAGGUGGUCUCUGGAAACGAUUUGAGCUUUAACUGAGUUUUCUAUUUUACAGUGUCCAAGCUUCCAUAUCUCUAUUGUAAACAGCUCGAAGAUCCACAGUUCAACGCUACCGGCCUUGAAAACCCAUUUUUACUUCUCUACGGAUUACAAAGUUCAAUCGGAUAUAACAUUCUCCUGGUUGUUUUUAAGAUCGAUUGAGUUAAUGGUUCUUGCAGAUUAAAAGAUGUACUAAUAGAGUUAAACAAGUCAAGAACCAGACUCAGUUACUCUUGUUUUAUAUAGCUGGCACAUGGAAAAAUCUGAUAAUGUAGGAUGUGCGAGAAUAAAAACGUUCAAGAUAAUCUUAUCUCUGUUUCGAUCGAAGAAAUGGUCAGGCGGCAUUUUGAGUAUAGCCUUCACUAUAAUCUUGAUCAUUAGUUAUAGCCUGAUGGGAAAACAGCCACAGGAAAAGCAGUCAGCUUAUGAUUUUUUCAGAAAUCAUCCGAGCAAUACUUCAAAUGUGAAAAACACCCAUCAAGUUAUAGCUUCUCGGGUGGAAGUAAAGAACGCAACAAAAUCAUCAAAGCGACCGCAUUUUAUUAAUGUCAAAGGACUUGAUGACCUGUAUGCUCCAGCAAAUAUUUCCAAGGAAGAGUCAAAUGCAUUACUUGUAUGGGCUCAGAUGCGUUUGCUAUUAUCGAGAUCGGAUGCUUUGGCUAAAACAGCUCAAGGAUUAAAAGAAGCUUCCAUCGCAUGGAAAGAAUUAUUGUCUGUUAUUGCGGAAGCCAAAGUGGUCAAGUCUAGCAUCUCUAACAAAUCAGAAGAUAAAAUCUGUCCUUACUCUGUAAAUACCAUUGACAGGACAACAUCAAGAAAUGGAACAAUUCUUGAGGUCCCUUGCGGUCUAAUUGAAGAUUCCUCCAUUACAAUCGUUGGCAUUCCAAAUGAGCACAACGGAAGCUUUGCAAUUGAACUUCAAAGCUCCCAGCUUAUGGGAGAGGAAAACCCUCCUAUUAUUUUGCAUUACGAAGUGAGCUUGCCUGGAGACAAUAUGACAGAGGAGCCUUUUAUUAUUCAAAAUACAUGGUCACAUGAACAUCACUGGGGCAAAGAGGAAAGGUGCCCAGCUCAUGGAUCUGCUAGCAACCCAACAUCAGAAGUUGAUGGACUCGUUCUUUGCAAUGAACAAAUUGUCCGAAGCACUAUGGAUGGGCAUCCCAAUGGGAGUCAUCCUGGUAGUGACAUACAAGCUAAUGUUUCUCAAGGAAAUGCUCAUGCAAGCCCUAAUUUUCCAUUUGCUGAGGGAAACCCUUUCACUGCUACAUUGUGGGUUGGUUCGGAGGGAUUCCACAUGACUGUAAAUGGAAGGCAUGAAACCUCUUUUGCAUUCAGAGAGAAAUUUGAACCAUGGGCUGUAAGCGGAUUCAAAAUAAAUGGUGGGUUGAACAUCUUAUCUGCCUUGGCCAGAGGGUUACCUGUCUCUGAAGAUCAUGAUUUAGUUGUUGAUGCUGAGCUUCUCAAAGCUCCUGUGUUGAAAAGGAAAAGACUGACUAUGUUGGUUGGGAUUUUCUCCACUGGAAAUAAUUUCGAGCGCCGUAUGGCACUAAGGAGGUCUUGGAUGCAAUAUGAAGCUGUACGCAAAGGAGAUGUAGCUGUCCGUUUUUUCAUUGGCCUUCACAAAAACAGUCAAGUCAAUUUUGAGCUAUGGAAAGAAGCUCAAGCAUAUGGAGAUGUGCAACUGAUGCCUUUUGUUGAUUAUUACAGUCUGAUUAGUUUGAAAACAAUUGCAAUCUGUAUCAUGGGGACAAAAAUUCUCCCUGCUAAGUAUAUCAUGAAAACAGACGAUGAUGCUUUUGUUAGAAUUGAUGAAGUUCUUUCUAGUCUGAAAGAGAAGUCAUCUAAUGCUCUCUUGUAUGGACUUAUAGCCUAUGACUCAACUCCACACAGGGAUAAGGACAGCAAAUGGUAUGUCAGUGAAAAGGAAUGGCCGCAUUCUUCAUAUCCACCAUGGGCGCAUGGCCCCGGAUAUGUAAUCUCUCGAGAUAUUGCGAAAUUCAUAGUUCGCAGCCACCAAGAAGGAAAUCUCAAGUUAUUUAAACUAGAAGAUGUUGCAAUGGGCAUAUGGAUUGAAGAAUUCAAGAAAAGUGGUCAAGAAGUGAAUUACAUGAGCGAUGAUAGGUUUUACAAUGCUGGAUGUGAAUCAAAUUAUAUACUUGCCCAUUACCAAAAUCCUAGAUUGGUAUUAUGCCUUUGGGAGAAGUUGCAGAGCGAGCACCAAGCUGUUUGUUGUGAGUAGAAAAUUGAAGAUUACUUCAAAUUUUCACAGCUUUUUAUAAUUGGCCACAUGUUUUGGCUCCUCACAUUGAUGCAUUACCAUUUGUUUUGCUCGUUGAUGUAAAUAAAACUUCAAUCGGCAAAAGGUCAACUCGGUUUCUAAACUUGUGAUUUGAAAUUAAAUAACUCACUUUCAAUUA